AGCGCAACCCGCCCGCCGCCGCUUCCACUCCUGCGCACUGGGUGCGCCCCCCAGGCGGGCCGGGGCCGGGGGCGGGCCGCGGGCGGGGGAGCGGCGGGCGGCCAAUUGCGGCCCCGCGGGGAGCGGCUGCGGCGGGGCUCCCGCCCGUGCUCGUAGGGCAGGAUGGAGGCGGAGGGCCGGGCACCGGGGUCGCCGCUCCUUGCCUGCGGGGAAGGGCCCGGGGCCGACUCGCGCCCCGCUGCGGGUGCCCCCGGCACGGCCCGGGGGCCGCUGAUCGCCGCCGCCGAGGUGCUGGCGCUGGACGAUGAGGAGGACGACCUGGAGGUGUUCAGCAAGGAUACAUCUCUGGCUGAGGUAAACUCAUUCAGUCCUUCAAUGCCAAUAUCCCCCUCAUCAAUGAUAAACCAAUAUAAAUUUGAAGAUGGACCAGAAUUAAGAGAUCUCUUCAUUACAGUCGAUGAUCCUGAAAGCCACAUUACAACCAUUGAAACAUUUAUUACAUACAGAGUAGUCACAAAGACAUCCCGUGGUGAAUUUGACUCCAGUGAAUAUGAAGUUCGAAGACGAUACCAGGAUUUCCUUUGGUUGAAGAGCAAACUUGAAGAAGCACAUCCGACACUGAUUAUUCCUCCAUUGCCUGAAAAAUUCAUAAUGAAGGGCAUGGUGGAACGAUUUAGUGAUGAAUUCAUUGAGACUCGAAGAAAAGCUUUACAUAAAUUUUUGAACCGUAUUGCUGAUCAUCCAACUUUAACUUUUAAUGAAGACUUCAAAAUUUUUCUUACUGCACAAGCCUGGGAACUCUCAUCACACAAGAAGCAGGGUCCCGGUUUGCUGAGCAGGAUGGGACAAACCGUCAGAGCUGUAGCAUCCUCAGUAAGAGGAGCAGUUAAAAAUCGUCCUGGAAUGUUUACAGAAAUCAACGAUUACAUGGGAACAUUUAGUCAGAAAAUAAAUUUACUAGAUAAAAUAGCUCAUAGGAUUUACAAGGAAGAAAGGGACUAUUUUAAUGAAAUGAAGGAAUACGGCCCCAUCCACACCCUCUGGUCAGCAUCGGAAGAAGAUUUAGCAGACUCCCUGAAGGGCAUUGCCAGCUGCAUCGACAGGUGUUGCAAGGCUACGGAGAAGAGAAUGGCAGGGCUCUCAGAAAACUUGCUGCCAAUUUUACAUGAAUAUGUUCUCUACAGUGAAAUUCUGAUGGGUGUUUUGAAAAGGAGAGACCAAAUUCAAGGCGAGCUUGAUUCCAAAGUUGAUGCUUUAGCCAAUAGAAAGACAGAAAAGGAUCUGUUCUCAGAAGAGAUUGGGAAACUUGAAGACAAAGUUGAACGUGCCAAUAAUGCUCUGAAAGCGGAUUGGGACAGGUGGAAGCAGAACAUGCAGUGUGAUAUGAGAUCAACAUUCACUAAUGUGGCUGAGAAUAAUCUCCGUUUUUAUGAAGAGUGCCUUGCUACAUGGGAGUCCUUCCUAGCAUCUCAAACAGUGGAUCUUCAUGUGGAAGAAGAUUCUGAAGACAGGCCUUGAGUAAUAUCUCUGAUUGAUCUCUGCCUUUUCCAUGCAGUUUCUCCCAACCAAAGUGCUUUAUGUGAGAUCAAAUACAUUAUUAAAUUUAACUGCUAAAAUCAGUGAAAUGCAGAAAACCAGCUUAUUGAACACUCAGGUAUUCUAGUCCUGAAAUACAUUUUGGAACAUGCUAUAUAUUGCUUUUUAUUGCUUAGCUCUGAUUUUACAUAUUUUUAUGCAUUUGCAUACAAUUGUUUUCAUAAAUAUAGCAUAAUUUGGAUAUAAAGUAUUUUAAAUAUGUAAAAAUAGCUCCAUUUUAAUAAAAAGUUUAAUAA